GCUUUUACUUUCGUGAUUUUGUUUCCAAAUUCUUGCUAAAUCUCUGUGGUUUCGUGCGGUCUGCGCUUUGUUUGAGGCUUCAACAAUAGUUUCCCAAGACCAAAAUCAGAAAUUGAGGAGAUGUCUUCAGAAGGGACCAUGAGUGUAGUGGGGAGUGAGGUGAUGCCCCUGGAUUACGGGAGCAUGGACUCGGAGAGCAGUCCGUCUCCCACCAAUUCGGAGAGGACAGUGGAGGAGAGGAAGGAUGAAAGAGUGAGGGGGUAUGUGAGUGAACUGGGCAAUAGGAGCAGCCUUAGGGGUCUGGCAGAAAACUACAACCUCCCUCACCAUGUCCUGAUUAGGCUAGCCGGGGUGAACGAGCAAGCAUGCUCAGCACCCCGAGAUCAUUGGAUGCCCCUGGUGGGGGGUAGAGGUGAGAAGGGGUGGUACUACUUCGGCCCUCGGUCGUCCAGCAAAGGGAAUAAGAGUUUGUUCUCUGCUGGACCGUCAUCCAUCAAAGGAUGGAAAGAAAAAUUCUUCUUUGUGGAUGACACCGAGUGGAGUAGGAGGGAUGCCGAGGUGGAGCAGUUGUCUGCUUGGAAGGCUAAGAAAACCAAGCAGAACAACUAUAAGUUAAAUGAGGAUGAGGUGGAGGAGGUGGAAAAGCUAGUGAGGGAGGAAGGAGACGUGGUGGAUAUCCUGUACCUCACCAGUCCGAAGGCAAUAGAGGCUGCUGAGCUCUAUGGGCCAAGCUCAUUGAGCGAAGCUGAGAUGGACGAGUUUAUAAAUGUUGCUGGGGGGCUGCGCAUCCCAAAGAAGCCAAGGAAGAAGUCAAAGACUUCAACUGCGACGGACAAAGGGGUGGCAGAGAAAGAGCGCCUGCUCAGCACUUCUGCUCGAGUGCUGGAGAUACAGCAGAGGCCAGAGCCUGCAAGGGGGGAUAGUAAGGAGGUGAGUGAGGAGGUGGCACCACUCCAGAGAAAGAAGAGAAAGGUGGCAGAGCCAGAAGCGAGGGGGGAUGAGGUGGUUGAGUUCGUACCCCGGCCUUUUCCUCCAAAAAUUGAUCCUGAAAAGAGUUUGUUCGAGGAAACAAACACUACUGGAGCGAAGCGGUUCCUCGAUGCAACGCUGCCUGAAGUGGAUAGGAGGCAGGCGAAGCAAGAGGCGGUGAGCCACCUGGGUGCUCGCGUCGUAAAGCGCACCUUGGAGAGUGCGAGCUGGGUCAACGCUCUUGCGCAAGAGUAUGCGGAGAUCGUGAAAGAUUGCACCAACUGGCAGAGGCAAUGUGAGGCCCUGCGAAAAGAGAAGGAGGAGUUGCAGAAGGAAAAAGAGGAGCUGCAGAAGAAAAACAAGCAGAUGCAGAGGAGGUUGGACGAGGUGGUGCCAACAGUGACCGAGCUCCAGAGUGACAGAGAAUCUUUGAGUACCAGGCUUGUCUUUGAAGAGCGUAAAAGGAAGAUUUGUGAAGACAAGCUUGAUGCUCAAGAUAAAUACGUUGAGAAGAUGAACCAAAGGAUGGUGGAGCUGAAAAAGAACGUGGAGCUGUUGGUACACAACAGGAUGGAGGGGCACAUCAGCAACUUCCUCAACUCCAACACCUUCGAGAACAUCCUCAAACUCUACCGGCUGCCCACCGCAAUUCUGGCCUUCAUCGACUGUAGAAAGAAGGUGAAGGCCCAGUACCCAGAGGUGGACGUCACAACGGUCACCUUUGGGGAACAAGAAGAAGGAGUGGAGGAAGAUGGUGAGAGCCUUUCUAUUGAUUUCCGGCCUCAGAUCACGCUGAGGUGGGAGCGUGAUGCAGAGGGGCGCACUAUUUUUCCUCUAACCUUUGAUGUUGAGUUAGUGGCCGUGGAGGGAAAAGAAGAAGAAGAAGAGCAAGUGCAGCAGCUAGCUCCGCCUGAAGCAGAAGUGCCGCCUCUGCCUGCUGGGGACGAGCCCAGAUCGCCACCUCUUCCUCUUGAGGAGCAGCCUCCUCCUCCAGCAGAGUAGUUUAGGAUUUUACGUCUGACUCUUGUAAUGAAUAUUUUUGUAAUUGACUUUGACCAAUUGAAAAAUUUUUUUGAAGUUAUUUGUGACUUGCAUAUUUUGAUGUUUGUUCGUUGUGUCUGUUUUAAGUAAAUCACUUUGAAUGAA